GUCAGAACUCAGAGGGGGUGUGUCUCACAUUUACUCCUUUUCUGGGAAGUUAUCCAACCUUAAAUAUGCUCAUAAGUCAUAAUUCUGUGUGAAUUCUUGGUCUUUUGCCAUUGAAUUGUUUUUUUAGAGAGAGAAAAUGUUGUGUUCUUCAUUUCUUGCUUGAAUGCCUCUGGUAGAACCCAGGCAAUUCCUUGGUUCUUGAGUCUUGACAUUUUUUCAUCCAUAAAAAGCUGAGGAUAAAGUUUUGCAGAGAAGCAGUUUUUGCAGUCUGAGAUGGAGGGUCUAAACGCGUUGCCCCCUUCGCCCUCUUUGGUUGUUGCAGUAGCUAUCAAUGGGAAGUCGAAAAGCAAAUAUGUAGUGAAUUGGGCACUGGACAAAUUUGUUCCGGAAGGGAAGAUUCUCUUCAAGCUGUUACAUGUUCGACCUGUGAUUUCUGCAGUUCCAACCCCGAUGGGGAAUUCGAUUCCUAUUUCACAAGUACGCGAUGAUGUUGCAGCUGCUUUUGUAAAAGAAAUUGAAUGGCAAACUUCUCAAAAACUUCUUCCAUACAAGGCAUUAUGUACUAGGAGAAAGGUUGAGGUUGAGGUUCAACAGAUUGAAUCAGACAACAUUGUAAACGCAAUAGCAAACGAGGUUGUGAACUGCAACAUCGACAAGGUUGUGAUAGGUGCAUCCUCUCGUCGCAUGUUCUCGAGGCGACAGACCUUGUCUGCUCGAAUCUCAGAAGGCGUGCCGAGCUUCUGCACAGUUUACGCCAUUUCUAAAGGGAAACUGUCUUCUAUUCGCCCGUCUAGCUCUGAUAGGACUGGCAGCGUCGCCACAGUUGAAGAUAGUGAAACGAGCUGCUCAACUAGUAUUUCCUCGGGCCAUGGUUCCAGAUCGCUAACUGAGCGGUCAGAUUCAACUGCUUCAUACUCACAGUUCUGCUCUUCUUCGCUCCCACUGCAACGGUUUCAAGCUCUUUCGAAUAUUAAUCAGACUCUUCUGCAUAAAAGAUCAGGUUCGGUUGAAACAGUUGCCUCUUUAGCCUCCACAGAAUUUUACGUGGAACCUGAAAAACGAAAGAACAAUGAAAGCUCCAAAGAUAUUAUCAAUGAAACUAAGCACGUGUCUACCUCGAGCAUCGUGACAGACGAUUCUUCGUGGACAAAUGACCAAGCUUCCACUUCAGAUGUGCCUCGGGAUUUUUCAUCUGGAGAGCAGGUGAACAUAAAUUUCGAGCUAGAAAAGUUAAGAAUUGAGCUCAGACAUAUUCGAGGAAUGUAUGCAAUGGCACAAACAGAAGCAGUUGAUGCUUCGAGGAAGAUAAGCGAUCUUCGAAAACAGCAAUUAGAGGAAGAGAUUAGGCUCAAGGGGAUCCUCUCUAAGGAGGAGGAAGCAAGAGCCAUGGCAGAAAAAGAGAGGGAGAAAUAUGAGGCUGCUAGGACAGAAGCUGAUUAUGUGAAGAACUGUGCUGAAAGAGAGGCUUCUGUGAGAAAAGAAGCAGAGAUGAAUGCGGUUCGCGAAGCCAAAGAAAAAGAGAAGCUUGAGAACGCGUUUAUGGGGAGAGUUCAUCAUUACCAGGAGUUUACGUGGGAAGAAAUCGAGUCUGCAACAUCUUCUUUCUCCGAGGAUCUUAAAAUCGGGAUGGGAGCAUAUGGAACGGUUUAUAAAUGCAAUCUGCAUCAUACGACUGUUGCAGUGAAAGUUCUCCGCUCCAUGGAAGCUCAGAGAACCAAGCAAUUUCAGCAAGAGCUUGAAGUAUUGAGCAGAAUUCGCCAUCCACAUUUGCUAAUUCUUCUCGGUGCAUGCUCUGAUCACGGUUGUCUAGUAUACGAGUUCAUGGAGAACGGGAGCUUGGACGACAGAUUGUUCAGGAAAAACAACACUCCUCCGAUUCCAUGGUUUGACAGAUAUCGAAUAGCCUGGGAAGUGGCAUCUGCCCUCGUCUUUCUUCACAACUCAAAACCAGAAACGAUUGUCCAUCGUGAUCUCAAGCCAGGGAACAUAUUGCUUGACCGUAAUCUCGUGAGCAAAAUUGGCGAUGUUGGGCUGUCAACCGUGAUUCAUUCAGGCUCUUCAAUGUCCACAUUACACAAGGACACGGGCCCUGUUGGAACGGUCUGCUAUAUAGAUCCCGAGUAUACAAGGACAGGCUUGAUCUCUCCAAAGUCCGAUGUUUAUGCACUCGGAAUGGUUAUUCUGCAGCUGUUGACAGCAAAACAGGCCAUCGGACUAACACACAUCGUCGAGACUGCUAUUGACAUUGAUACCCUCGAGGAGAUACUUGACACCGAGGCUGGUAAAUGGCCACUAGAAGAGACAAAGAAAUUGACAAAACUAGCUCUAAAAUGCACAGAGCUUAAGCGAAAGGAUAGACCUGACCUUAAGGAUCAUAUACUCCCAAUUCUCGAGAAACUGAAAGAUGUAGCAAAUCAAGCUAAGGACUUGGCAUCAAUCGCCCCGCCUCCUCCACCUAACUACUUCAUGUGCCCCAUUCUCAAGGGUGUAAUGGAGGAUCCUUGUGUCGCAGCUGAUGGGUAUACCUAUGAGCGGAAGGCGAUAGAAAUUUGGCUAAACGAGAACGACACUUCACCAAUGACAAAACUACCAUUACCUCACAAGAACCUUCUACCAAACUACACAAUUCUUUCUGCAAUUACAGUGUGGAAGUCUGGUAAGCAAUAACUCAGAUCUCUCAGAUUGUCUAUAUAGGUGUCUCUUCUAGUUCUAGAUAGUGACUAGGGACUGCUGUGCCUUGCAGACAUUUGUUAGCUUUUGAUGCUUUUGCCAUUAGAUUUUCAGAUCCAUCAAUGUCAAAUGCUGAACUGUAAAGUUGACAGAUUGUGUAUUCCUCAUUUUUGUAUAGGGCAUUAAAGUUUCUUUCUUGCAUCAACACAA